AUGGCAACGCUCUCAGGCGCAGAGCGCAUUCGCGCAAUUACUGACGAGGAUGGCAUGUUCAAGGCCUUUGACACAUACCCAUGGAAGAAGGACAAGAUGUUCCUGUCCGGCCUCACCGCAAUCCUCGGCGAUCCAAACACAGCAAACCCCAAAGGAACUACCUCCGAACUCGCAACCCACGCCCGGAUCUUCUACUACGCCUCGCGCAUAGGCGUGACAGUCGACUUCAACAGCUACAAAGACUGGCUCGCCCGCCACCCGGAUCACACACCACCCGACAUCCUCCCCGAAGAAUACAAGUCCCAGUCGCCAGCAACGACCACAGCUACCGACGUGCCGGACCUCACGUCGAAGCUCAAUGACCUCAAGACCGACCCCGACCCCAAGAACGACGCUGGCGCAGAAGACACGCCGUCAUGGCAGGCCGCCGCUCCCAAAGGGGAGCUCUACGUCGAGCGGAAGGCUCCUCCGCAAGUAGAGGCUGACGCCGAGGGAGGCGAGCCAGCGUAUCCUGUCGGCUUCGCGGAGAUGCUCCAGAUGUUACAGAAGGGCAUUCCUAUCCCAGGAAUAAGACAGAUACCCGACACUGUCAUCAGGGAUGCAUCCGUCAAGCCAUUUGGAAAGCGUGCGGUGCCAAAGAAACCCUGGGAGAAGGAUGUACCAACUACAACAGAUGCAGAAGCGGGAGACCAGCCUUCUGUAGUCGACGCUGAAUUCCCUCCACUUGAUGAGACUUCAGCACCAGAGGCUGAUAAGUCAAGCAAGGACACGUAA